UCAAUGCAUGCGUGGCGUGUUAUCUUAUUCAAUUUUUUUUUGUUUUUAAAAAGGAAAAAUCAUUUUUCCUAGUUGUAUUAGGAAUAAGACGAAGCUAUCUUUGUUCCGACAGUAUAUAUAUAUGAUCACAGUCUAGUUCGCAACAAACUUAUCUUAUAGGCAGCUUCGGGUUCAACCUACCAAACUCCUCCACACAAAAAAAAAAAACAUCCCCCAGAUAUUUCACACGCUUUGCGGGAGAUCUCCAUCAACAUAAAACCCUGGCGGUCGAUAAUUUAUUUAACGUUUUUUACUUUAUUAUUGCAAUGGGGCCUGUAACAUACAACGACCUGCCAAUAGGGAUGAGGUUUCGUCCUUCAGAUUUGGAGAUGGCAGUUUAUUUCUUGUACAAGAGAGCUUUCGGAUAUCAGAUGAAUGCUCGUAUAGUACCUGAAGACUGUCAUGAUAUCUUCUCAAGACAUCCUCAGGACUUGCCUGACUAUGAAAAGGAAGAUGAGCAUUGGUACUUCUAUCGGAAAAAAUCUAAAAGUCCUACCAAGUCUUAUAAUCUUUGGAUACCAACUGGAGAAGAAACGGAAGUGUUGGAUCCAAAGAAGAAUGACAAAUUAGUCGGUAUAAAACAUUCAUUUGCUUUCAUUGAGAACGAAGAAGAAGAAUCCGAAAAUAACGGUUUGCCUGACGAAGAAGAAACUCCAGAAUACAAUUGGUACUUGGAUGAAAUUAGUCUCCCAUUGACAGUUACAGAUACUGAUUGGACUAUGUGCCACGUCUAUUGCAAGAAUACCAAACCUGAGUUUGUAAGUUUGCCAGUAGUCCCAUACGAAUCCGAAUCCGAAUCCGAACCCGAGUCGGAUCAAUCGGAAGGAGAGGAAGAAGAAGAAGAAGAAGAAGAAGAAGAAGAAGAAGAAGAAGAAGAAGAAGAAGAAGAAGAAGAAGAAGAAGAAGAAAAAGAAAAAAGUGUAGAGAAGCCUGCAGCAGAAACAUUGAACCUUGUUAAAGAAAAAAAAGACGAAACCGGUCUUCUUCCUCCACCUCCUGCUUCACCUUAAGGCUUCUUUAUCCAUCACAUGGUGCUUUGGUCGUUUUAUCAAGUGUUCAUGAACGCAGCUUUGGUGCCUUUUUAUGAUAUUUAAUUUAUUCAAUCUUUUAUGAAGACAAGAGUUUUUGAUUUGGUCUAUGGAAUAAUUUUUAUGAGAAAAUGAAGAGAAGAAAGAGUUUUGGAAUCAGAAUGAAAAUGCAAAAACAUAAUCACAUCAUAAAUAAAUAAUAAUAGCUCUUCUUGGUAUCAUCAUCAAGAAGAGUAUUAGAUUCUCUCAACA